UUUAAACAAUCGUUUAGUUUUGUCACUUUUGGAAUUGUUAUAAAUGGAGACAUACUAUAUUCUAGGUAUUAGCAUGUUCUUUAAAUGUAUUUUCUUAUUUUCCCUUCAGAAAACCCUGACCCAGAAGUCAUGGCAGCCAAACCCAAGCUCUACUACUUUCAUGGCCGGGGCAAGAUGGAGUCGAUCCGCUGGCUGCUGGCUGCAGCUGGAGUGGAGUUUGAAGAAGAAUUUAUUGAAACAAGAGAACAACAUGAAAAGUUGAAGAAGGAGGGGCGCCUGCUUUUCGACCAAGUGCCUUUGGUUGAAAUGGAUGGACUGCGGCUCACACAGACUAGAGCCAUCCUCAGCUACAUUGCUGCCAAGUACAACUUGUACGGGAAGGACCUGAAGGAGACAGCCAGGAUCAAUAUGUAUGCUGAUGGCACAUUGGAACUGAUGAUGAUGAUUGCAUUGAUGGCGUUCAAACUGCCUGAGGAAAAAGAGGAGAGCAUUGCUUCAGUCCUGAAGAAAGCUAAAAACUGUUACUUUCCCGUCUUUGAAAAGAUUUUGGAAGACCAUGGAGAGGAUUUUCUUGUUGGCAACAAAUUCAGCUGGGCAGACAUACAGCUGAUAGAAGCUAUUUUAAUGGUGGAAGAACUCAAUGCUUCUGUUCUUUCUGACUUCCCUCACCUACAGGCAUUUAAAACCAAAAUCAGCAACAUCCCAACAAUUAAGAAGUUUCUGCAGCCUGGGAGUCAGAGAAAGCCACCCCCGGACAGCCGCUAUGUUGAAGUCGUCAGGAACAUUUUGCAGUUCUAGUGACCAGCAGACUUUAUGGCGCCAACAGUGGUGAUUCAAUGGCACCAUCGGCACACGCCAUCUGUAGUGGAUAACUAAAGCCAAUGGUAGAUACUAGGGGUAGAGCAUCUGAAAAAAACAAGAGCUGGCUGCCAUCAAUG